AUUUAGAUGUAACACCAACAAACUUUGGCAAGUAGAAUGGGACAAGGAACAGAGAGGCAGACUGUAUUACUCAUGUCAGACUUCUAUAAAGAAGAGCCCUCUGCAGCAUUCAGCAUGUCAGCGGUCAGCCUUCUACCAGUGAGAUCCCUGAAGGCAGCAGUGCUGUCCUCGUGUGGGUGGUUUGUGCCAGCACGCAACACCUUUAGGAAAGCAAGGAUCCCCAAAGAGCUGUUCGCUGAGAGAUCAAAAGAGCACGAUAAGUAUGGCGGCGACCCAGACCAACCCCACAAACUGCACAUUGUGACACGGGUGAAGAGCACCAUGCGAAGGCCGUACUGGGAGAAAGAGAUGGUGAAACACCUCGGCCUCCAAAAGGCACAUGUACCAGUCAUUCACAAAAACAUACCAGCAGUGAACAGCCAACUAAAGUUUGUGAAGCAUCUUGUGAGGAUACAGCCUCUGCAGACUCCCUACGGGCUCCCUGCUGAGCAGGACAUGGCCGACACCUUCAUAAACAGCAAAGGAGAGCUGAUUGUGAGGCGCCUUCUCCAACCCGUCGAGCAAAUUAGCGAAUCCUAGCAUCAUCGCUCCUUAUGUUUGUUACAAGUAUUCAAAAGUUGCUUCAAAAAUAAAGGUUUUUGGUGUCGCUGUACUGUGGAAAUGUUUGAAGUUUUUCUAUGUUAGACUUGGAUACAGAAUUAAAAUAAUUUCUUCAUUAAAACAACUACUACACAAA